AUUUUUGUCAAGCAGUCGACGUUAAGCUACGGUACGGUUUUGACGUGAUCGGCUUUUUAAAUAAUAUAACUGUACCCUUGUCACUGACCAAUUGAAAUUCAAAUUCAGGACUCCGAGAAUCACAGCCAUUACUACGAAAUAAAAAUGAUCUUUUGGAAGAAUAGUAUCGUCAUUUUUUUGGUAUUAUCCGGAUAUGCAUUUGCUGAGAAAGAAGACGACACUGCAACUGCAUUUAUGGAAGCAGCUCAAUCACUCUUACAAAAUAAAGAUGCAAUUGGCGAUCUCAGUAAUGUGGCGAGAGCUUUUAUGCAGUCGGAUACUGGAAAGCAGAAAAACGACGGUUUAGGCCAGAUAAUUUCUGGCUUAGGCAGCUUGAUGGGUAACCAAAACCAAGGUGGUGGUGACGGAGGUGGUGGCGUGGACCUGUCGAUGAUCGGCGACCUAAUCGGUGGAUUGAGCUCGUUAGCUGGUAACAACAGACGCACCAGGUCUCCUCAUCAACACGAAGGCGAAGAGAAUGAAUCGUCGGGUUUUGAUUUCGACAGUAUGCUCAACAUCGCUUCAGCUUUCAUGGGACAGAGUGGUAAUGCCGAAGGUAUCAUGGGUUUGUUACCGCUUGUACUCGACACCUUCGCAGGAAGUUCCACUGACAAGCAUGGAAAGUCCGAUCACUCGGAUCAUUCGUGGUUCAUGCCACCGAUACUUGAGAAUAUUCAUCUUAUGUGGGAUCACUUUAGGAGUUCUGAAUUGGGACAAACACUAUGGAAGAAUAGCGGACUCUCCACUAUCGUGGGCUCAAUGACGGACGAAAAUGGCCGAAUUCAGUGGGAAAAGAUAAUGGAAAGUUUUGAAAAUCCAACUCAAAGGCGACGCUGGAUUAACUCUUUAACCAAUUACGUGGCCGAAUGGAUGUCCCAUGUUUCUGAUCCGGCUACACAACAACGUUACCUGUCCACCGCUCAGUUCGUUGGCAACAGCUUCUUGAAAUCUCAGGGUUAUCCCAAGACUGUCAUGUUCGAUACUGCAAAGCCUGUUGAAAGUCUUUCAAGGCUUGCCAAUGCAGUGGCUAAGCGACACCUUCAUAUGAAAAUCGAUAGUAUUCUCUAUAUCAAACCAGCCGUAGCAUAUAUACAAGAAUUAAUGAGUUUGGCUUCGGAAAAGGGUUUUAUUAUGUCAAGGAUCAACGCUCGUGAGCUCAGCAACAAAUUGAGUGAAUCGAUCAAUAACGGUUUCAUUGGGCCAUUGCUGAAAGCUUACCGUGCAUACAAAUGGGGUUCAAAGAUGCCACAAUGUGCCGCACAAAUUUUGUGCUCGAUCAACCACAAAUCAACGCCAAUGGAAGGCAAAGUCAUAAAUGAGUCAUUCCGCAGAGGUUUAACGAAAAUAGCGAGCUUCCCAGCAGCAUGGGGUAUUAGCAACAAAAGUGGACUUAGUUUCUGGUCACUUUACGCAUCGAUAUUGGAUACAGAUAAUAAUUGUUUAGAAAAAUAUCCAGCUGAUUGCACGCUAUUCCAUGAUGAGGAGAUUCGAGUGACUACCGAAGCCACCCACGUUGAACUUUAAACUAAAGUCUUUUUAGUUUAAAAUGUAAUUGUUAAUAACGAAAAAGAGACUGUUAUAAACUUAAAGAAAACGAAAGAUUUGCGGUGUUCUGGCGGGGCUGUCAAAUGGCUCAAUAUUGCAUUCAAUUUACCUCGUGCUUUUUUUAAAUUUCUUUUAAAUUAAGACACGUAAGAAUAAAUUUUGCGUGUAGUUUGUAAGGGUACAAAAGAUCGAUGAAAAUAUAAAACCAGUAUGAAAGUUAACAGUUGGCGUGAAAGAAUGAAAUUAAAAAUUAUAAUUUAUGAGCUUCAUUAAACGAAGCUAUACCGUUUAGUCUAAAUUAAUUCAUGGUUUCUAUAAAUGUGCGAGUAACGGCGCUAAAAAGAAUUUAAAAAUAGCAACAACAAAAAGAAAUACAAGAACGGACACAGUCGAGUAACCAGAUCCGUUCUGGAUAGACUUGUUUAUACAUGACCGUAGAUAGCCGAUUCGUAUAAAUAAUUCUUGUAAAUAUUAGAUAAAUGUCAAAUAAAAUAUAAGUGAUACACAAAAAAAA